AUGUGGAUUGGGGCUACCUAUUAUGACGGAAAGUUGCCUCUCCCCACCGAUGGUCAGACCUGGGCCGACUUUGGACAUCACUUGCUAGCUCUUGUGCAAGAUGGGGCAUUCCCGACAGCGAAGGCGUGGACAAUAUACUGGGUCUUCUUCGUGGUUGAAGCUGUGUUCUACUGCGCCAUGCCGGGCGUCAGCGGUUACGGAAAGCCUCUCCUACACGAAGGUGGCAAGCAGCUAAGAUACUUUUGCUCUGCAUACACCAGCUUCUACGCCACAAUCGUGAUUGUGGCUGCUCUCCAUGUCACGGGUCUCUUCCCCCUUUACACGAUACUUGACGAAUUUGGGUCUAUCAUGUCAGUGGCUAUUAUAUCAGGCUUCAUCAACAGCUUCAUUCACUAUACAUCGGCUUUCUUGCGUGGACGGACACAUAGACUGACAGGCUACCCGAUUUAUGACUUCUUCAUGGGCUGCGAGCUGAACCCACGAAUUGGCAUUCUUGACUUCAAGAUGUUUUAUGAAGUUAGAAUCCCAUGGUUCAUCCUCUUCCUUUUGACCUGCGGCAUGGCUGCUCGUCAGUAUGAGAUAUAUGGGUAUGUCUCAGGGGAGGGUAUCUUCCUCAUCAUGGCACAUUUCCUCUAUGCAAAUGCUUGUGCAAAGGCAGAGCAGUUGAUCAUUACUUCUUGGGACAUGUAUUUUGAAAAGCUCGGCUUCAUGCUCACAUUCUGGAACAUGGCCGGUGUCCCAUUUUCCCAGAAAAACGGCUUCCGACAGAUGGAACGCGGCCAGCUUAUUCCCCGGAAGAGCUUCCCACAACUCCCAUGGCAGGUAGUCAAGAACCCGAGGACGAUCAAGACCAGCACGGGCGACAGCAUUCUCGUGGACGGGUGGUAUGGAAUGGCGCGCAAGGUGCACUACGCGUGCGAUGCCUAUUUUGCAAUCUGCUGGGGUCUCAUCACCGGCUUCAAGAGCCCCUUUCCUUGGUUCUAUCCCGUGUUCUUCUGUGUCAUGAUUGCCCAUCGCACGAGACGUGAUAUUCUGCGGUGUCGCGAGAGAUAUGGCGAGGCAUGGAAAGAGUACGAAAGACGGGUCCCUUAUCUUUUCAUUCCAUAUGUCAUUUAG